CUUGUGUAACAUUUAUUGAAGCAGUGUUUUAUUUUAGCUGAGCACAGCAGAACUACAACUGCUACAAUAAAGCAUUAGUAGCUGCUAAGUGUCCCACUGUACAUCUUGGACUGUGUUUCAGCCAAUGAGAUCGUCUUGAUUAACGCCGGUAAAUUAAAUUUUUUUGUUUACCAUUUUCUUUUCUUUCCUUUCAGGGGCUGUGGACUGACAGAGAGGCCCUGCUAGAGAGACAACAUGGUCACACUAAAAUACAACUAACACAAAGAGAUUAAAGCAGAUUUCCAUGGAUUAUCUCAGGGGGGGUGGGGGUAGGCGUUUAAAUCUGUGUCUCAUCCAUAAAGUCACAAAAAAGAAAUAUUUUGUAAUGUGCCCUGGUGUCUAGUCCUAAAAGUUCAGCUGGAGCCACCUUAGGAGGAAUAAUGAUAUUAAUGAUAGUCAAGUCAGUUUGUAAAAUCUUCCCAUAAACGAGUAAAGGAGUUUUUUGUGUGUGUGUGAGCUGAAAGAGCAUUCAUCAAGGAUAAAUGUUGCCAUAUGUUGUUAAAGUUUCUUGACAGAUAAAGAAGCCUACUUAGCUUGCAGAAUGUAUUACAUAAUACUAAAGUCCUCUUUGCCUUUCUGAUGAUGCCCAGUCACUGAUCUAAUACCACCUCAGACAGAAUUUAAGGUCAGGGGAUUUCUGGACAUUUCAGUUCCCAAGAAGACCAAUAAAAAGUAGUUCUUUCUUUACAUAUGAAUCAGUCUCAGAGUAUCUUAUCCUGCUGCUGACUCCUUUUUGAAAUCACAGAUGUUACUAUCUAGCUCUGUUGGCUGUGUUUAUUCAUCUGUGAGAUCAGAUUUAUCAUUGCUUCCUGCUUAAAGCUAGCAAAUCAACUCUUAAAAACCAAACCAAAGCAUCUGCCCCGACCUGUCCGAUCUGUUACUGCCUCUCUCCUACUUGCCUUAAAUUCCUCUGUGUUGUGUCCACCUUUCGCUGUCCCACCUCCCCUGCCUCCCUCCUCCGUUUCGUGGCCAUGCUCGAGCGUCUGUCCCGCCGCUCUCGAUCCAUGCUUUCUCUGACAUUAACCUCUUUGGCUCUGGCCCUGUCCAUCCUGGCUCUCUGCACCUCCUACUGGUGUGAGGGCACCCACAAGGUGGUCAAGCCUCUCUGCCUGUCGCCUGUCAAAAUGAAGAACUGUGGUCAGAACAACAGUGAGCCUUACACAACAGAGAGCCCCACACAAAACCCUUUCAACCGGACACUGUCUCCAGCCAGAAGAGAUGAGCUGGACAAGAUCAGACAAAGACAGCUGGCCAAUGCUGUACACUAUAUCUGGGAGACAGGGGAAGACAAGUUUGCCUUCAGAUAUUUCCAUACAGGCUUCUGGGAAAGCUGUGAAAAGCAGAAUGAUGGAGAGGUGUGUCGCAGCUUUAUCGACUUAACUCCAGGGGAAACACAAGGUGUGCUUUGGCUGUCGGUUAUUUCUGAGUUUACAUAUAUUGGCCUGCUGGGGAUGGGCUUCUUACUGAUGUGCCUGGAAGUCAUGUGCUCCCAUAAAGAGAUGCACGCACUAAAAAUCAAUGCCUUCGCAGCUAUUUGUACUGUGCUAUCAGGUCUUCUUGGGAUGGUAGCACAUAUGAUGUUCACCACAGUAUUUCAGAUGACAGUCAUCGUGGGCCCUAAAGACUGGAGGCCUCAGUCCUGGGAUUACGGCUGGUCAUUUGCCCUUGCCUGGGUAUCCUUUAGCUGCUGCAUGGGGGCUGCUGUCGUCACACUCAACUCCUACACGAAGACCAUCAUUGAGAUCCGUCGCAGGCAAAGACUCCGCUUGGACGAAGCAAGAGCUGCUGCUCGGGCCCCGUCAUAUGACGAAGUGGUUCCAGGAGGAGGGUUGUACUCUGUCAGUGGCCUGCUGCACUGUCCGGAUGGGAUGAUUGAUGUGGCAUGGGCUCCGAAUGGUAGCGUUGUCGGAGUGGGAAAUGGGGACGUGCCGACACUGGUUUUAGUGGGAGGCUGUGGCCCAGAGGGGUGUGAGGACUGCGAGCGUGAGAGGGACCAGAUGGGAGCGGUCUUGGAUCGGAUUGAUUCACCUUGUUAGGAGGGCCAGCUAUUCACAUAAACUAAAAAGGGCAAAAUAAAUAAAUAAAACACUGCAUUGCUGCAGUGAUCAGAGAUGCUGGUUUGCUUUGACUUUUGAUUCCUUGGAACACAUUUACGAGUCAAAGGUCAAACAAAUUGCUAAACAGAAGUGGAAAGUGGGUGUUGAAUUGAGUCGCCAACUGAUUUAAAAUGGAGGCUUCUUGCCUUAUGACUUGCACUGAGAGAAACAUCCAACCUUCACUUUGCAUCAACCUAUAAUGUCUGCUGUGUGACUGCAAGUAGCAACUGACUGCUUGUUUCCAAGAUUCAGGUAUAUUUGGAGUUUGAAAAGGUCUAUCGUUGCGGCAGACCUCUCUCAGUUCUUAAGUUUUGACACAGAUAUGCUUAAUAAGAUGGUUAAUAAACAAAGAAAAGGUGCUGCAAUAGAGGCAGCAACUGAAAAAAGAAAUCACUGGAAAAUGAUGCCACCAUAAAUAUCCCAUUUUAAUUCUAUUAAGUUAUUAAGUUCAUAUUCAAAAAAGACUUAAGUGGGUCUCACAGGCUGUAAAUGACGCUCACUCAGUUAACUCAUAUCAAGACGUGAAGACUUCAAAGCAUACAUCGCAUGCAAAUCUGCAUGUUAUGUGUGUCUGUGCCUGAUGAUAACAAAGCAAAUGUAUUUUUCUACAUGUAAAAAUGUUUAAAAUGUUUACCUUACUUUAUUGGUUACCAUGGACACCCACAUAUUUGCAGUUCAGUAUAGGCAAAUUCACAUAUUCACAAAUAUUUUGUGGAACGUGACUCAAAAUUAUUUGUGGAAUUAAGUUUUUGCUAACUAAGAUAUAAAAAAAUAGAGCUUGGGAAGAUAAAACACCUCAGCACAGUACUACUUGACACACUAUUGGAUGAUGUUUGCAAAGUAGUCAAUCCUUGUCGCUGAUUGGCUGAACUCCUAAGAGCAAAAACAUGGAAGACUGAAAAUAUUAGUUUUUGUGAACGUGCCAAGAUUGUUUUGACUGCGUUUUAAAUCAUAUUUAGGAAUAUUUGGAGCUUGCACUAUUAAAAUAGGCGAUUAUAAGCAUUUUAGAGAGGAACUCACAAUGGUAUAUGGAAUAUCUAAUAAUUAACCUGAGUUGGACAAUAAACUUGAUUCUUUUUUUCAGCAUCUGCUUUAUCUGAUGACAAACUUAUGUUAAAUGAUGAACCUUCAACCAAAAGAGCCACCAAAUACAGUUUUUUGUGUGAAGAUGAGCAGACAGAUCCACAGAGAUAAAAUGAUUACAGAGAUUUUGGAAAAGUCUGCUCUCAUGUUGAACAGAAGAUUAUGUGUAAACCAUUAAUCCUGAGUUGGACGGAGCAGAGAAGAGACAUGUUGAGGGGACAGAGAGGACCGAGUUGUUGGGGGGUCAGAAUGAAAGUUGGAAAGAAAUUCUGGCACACUCUUCAAAAAGAGACUGACUGCAUGCACUCUGGCCCCAGCUCCACCGUAACGUCAAAUAAAUCCAGGUUUUGGACAUGUGCUUGCAAUACUUACUGAGUUUAACAAAAGAUUAUAUAGGCAUUAAUUCACAGAGCUAGAUAAAAUGGCCUAAAUGUACCUUCAAUAUCUGUAGGUUACACUUUUGAGAUUAUCCAGGAUUUACUGUUGGGGAUUAUACAAUUGAAAACUAAAAAAAAAAGAAAGGACAAAAAAAAAAAGGAAAGCGUCAUUUUUGUC